UACACAUUCACACAUUCACAUGAUGUGUAUUACGACGAGCAGCACGAAAUCCUGGCAGAGAAGUACACAUUGAUCGCCAGAAUAUCCGUUCUAUUUCUUCCAGGAUUUUGAUAUUAUAUUGGAAUUAUACACAAGACAAUUAAAGAAUAUUGUUUCUUCUGAAGUGUGAGUGUUGAGAGAGGUCUCAUCAUGUCUCGUCCCGCCGGCGAGACGGACCUUUACGAGCCACUGGGGCUGAUGGAACCUCCAAGGAUGGAGGCGGAAAUGGACCGACGCGUCAGCAACACCAGCCUCUCUUCAGAGAGUGCCUACAGCAGCAAUGGGAACGGACCUCCCAUUCCCACGCACCACAAUCGCAAGGAUUCCGUCCGCUCGUACAAACUGCGCAGGAAACUAAAGCGCAGGAAACAGAUGCAGAGGUUGGUGGGUAAGGACGGAGUGUGCAAUGUGGUUCACACGCGAGUGGCGAGGUUACGCUUCAUUGAGGACCUGUUCACAACCUUUGUGGAUUUAAGAUGGAGAUGGAACCUGAUGGUGUUCACCUUUGCGUAUGUCGUCGGAUGGUUCUUGUUUGGACUUGUUUGGUUUGUCAUCGCCGCAGCGCAUGGUGACCUCAACGCCUCACAGCGCAACUUGACAGACUGGGAACCGUGUGUGUACAACAUGGAAACGUUCACUGGAGCAUUCCUCUUCUCAUUGGAAACCCAGACAACAAUCGGUUAUGGUUUUAGAAGUGUGACUGAAGAGUGCCCACAUGCAGUAUUACUAGUUGUUAUACAGUCCGUCAUCAGUUGCCUCAUUGAUGCCGUGUUUAUCGGUUGUAUCUUCGCUAAAAUUGCUCGUCCAAAGAAACGAGCCGCCACGCUCAAGUUCAGUCGGAAAGCCGCCAUUGCCCAAAGAGACGGUAAAUUAUGCUUCAUGUUCAGGGUAGGAGACAUUCGAAACAGCCAUUUGUUUGAGGCUCACUUGCGAGUUUACAUGAUCAAACCCAAAGUCACCAAAGAGGGCGAGAUUAUACCACUGUGUCAUCACAACAUGGACCUGGGGUAUGACACUGGGGAAGACCGUAUAUUCUUGGUCUGGCCCAUCAUAGUAUCACAUACAAUAGACGAAGACAGUCCACUCUAUGAGUACUCCUGCAACACGAUAGACACCGCUGACUUUGAGAUUGUGGUUAUCCUCGAAGGAAUCGUUGAGCAAACAGGGUUGACCACUCAGGCCCGUACCUCCUACAUGCCUGGAGAGAUACAGUGGGGCUCUCGCUUCUGCAGCUCUGUUCUGUGCCUACGCAGCGAGUUCGACAAGCAGUACGACAUUGACUACUCCAAGUUUGAGGAAACAUACACUGUGCCAGGCCACCCAAGGAAGAGUGCCAAAGAGCUGGAUGAAAUUGAGCAGAAGGAAGAGGAAACGACGGAGAGCCAGUUGGCUCAGCUGAAAGACCUCAUCACCAAUGUUAUCGACGAGCAGAAGCUGCAGAGAUGGAAUCCUAGGAUGACGGAAGAAGUCUUUGCCCGUCGCUUCAAGCAGUUCGCACGAGGGGACUGCAACGGCCGAAGCCGGAGCACUGAACAUCUCACUCUGAAAUGGAAACCUCCAGAUGUUGGAAGACUUGUUUCUAUUGAGUCUCAGGGUUCCCACGAGGGUUCACAAGAGAUGCAUCCUCUGCGGUCUUGUGAUUCCCAGACCACGGAGGAACUGUCGAUGACCAGUCAUCCAAGCCCUCUACCAGAAGAAGCCCUCAAAGAGAUGCCAGAUGAAAUCAAGAGGAAAGAGUCAAAUGUAUAGCAGUACUACUCACAAAAUGGUAAGAUCCCUGUACAAUAUUGCAGUGCAGAAUAUGUGUGUUCAUAGAGAUAUAUUUGUAUAUAUAAACAAGUGUCAAUAAACAUUGUACAAGUUGCUUUCAUGAUGAGUAUGAUGUAAUUUUUGACUGUGCAAGAAAAAGGUAUUCAAUCAAUGUAUUAAAGAGAGCAAUGAAGUGAUUUCUGGUGUAUUUGGGCUACCGUCAAGUCUAUCGAUCACAAAGCUUAGAACAGUUAACAAAUAAUCUAGCUUCUGUUGAAAGAUUUAUGCAAGUGCAAAGUUUUAAACCUAGUUUUCUAGUCCUAAAUGUGUAAUAAUUUUUGAAAAAAAUGCUGUGUGAUGUUGUAUCUUCAGUUUGCUUAAACUGUCUUCCAUGGGGAAAGAGACUUUUACCCAAGUUACCCGAUGUUCAAGUAGCUUGUUUUGAGGCAGCCAUUUAAGAAUCACAUCAGACCGAUAAGAAGGGAUAAUAUCUCAUUCUCGUAAACCUGUCUCACAUUUCCAUAUGAUUUGUGUCCGCCAUCCGAAAAUACUCUUUAUAUCUGUGUCAUGUGAUCAUGCCGUAAAAGUGAGCAUAAACUAGAGGCAGUCUCGUUUAUGGUACGCUAUUUAUGUCGUAAUGAGGCUGCAUGGCGAGCAAGCCAUAUCAAGAGAGAUAGUUGCGGUAAUUAGGAGUGACAGCUUUGGAUCGCGAUAGGGUGCUGGGAGGCUUAGGGCAAGGUGUGGACCAAUGGCCAUUGCCAAUUUAAGGUUGAGGGAUGACUUGUAUUCUGCUUCCAGGUUUACGAAGCUGUUCUCAUUCUAAACACCAUUCCAUCAUUUAAAGUGAUUGGCUUGUCCCAGUUAGUCUGGUUUAUUGUAUUUGGUGUACAGCCAUGUAUAUGUAGGAAUAGGAUUGACCCAGAUAAACAGAUAGUAUAGUCUAGUUCUGCUGACUCCUUUUUUGCCCCCUCCCCCCUUCCCCCUCCCCUUCUCCUUCCCCCUCCCCCUUCUCCUUCCCCCUCCCCCUCCCCCUUCCCCCUCUUUCCUUCUCCUCUAUCUUUGGUUAACAUUGAUUUCAUUAUUCCAUAAAAGCUAGGAAACAGUUGAUUAUUUUUUAAACCUUGAACAUUUAAUUGAAUGUGAGUACUUCAAUGUGAGAACAUCAGAAAAAUAGAGGGCCAUUAUUUACAGUGUUUUUGCAGUUUCUAACUCUUUGGAGUAUGGCCUGUUAAUUUUCCCUACAUCAUUUCUGUACAUACAUGUGUAUGUACAUGUACAUGUACAAUGUACCUUGCCAUAAGAAUACAUUGAAGUUUGCUACAUAAAACAAUGAAAGUAUUAAACUUAACAGUGUGAUGAAGUCAUCAGAUGCACAGAAGUUUCAUGGACAGACUACAUGUAUUUGUAUAAAUAGGACUAAUGAUUUUUUUUCUUGAUAAGGGAACAAACAUUAACUUUACAGUCCAAGCAAUUAUUUCUCAAUCAAUUCUUCAGAUCAUUGCCAGUGUUCUGAACAUAAAGGUACUACAGUACAUGUAAUAAUCUUUUCAUGCAUGCAACAAAACUAAACUGAAACAUGAGAAUUUCAAUAAUGUAAAAACAUGAUCUGCUGUACUUGACAAAUUAUUUUCUGUAAAUCACCACUACUUUAUACAUGUACAGUACAUGGGGACAGUACUUUAUAGCAAUAAUACUGCACUGUUAAUAGUCUUGCUUCUACCUGUACAUGUCGGUUAUGUGAGAUGGACAAAAUAUGGUUUGAAUUCAAAUCAACUAAAUGUUCUCCAAUUGGUGCCUUGUGUAAUCUGUAUUGUGUAUCAUUCACCCUGUGUUUCUUUCUUUAUUUUCUAAAAAUUGUUGGUAUUCAUACUUACAGAAAAUGUUGCUUUUUUGGUUAUAAAUACUUCAUCAGUUUUGUUUCAUCAGGGUAAUCUAUUUAAAUGCAUGCCAAUCAAUUAGCUAACAUAUGUGGAGUGUGUGAAAUCUGCACAGGAGCUGAUACAUGUGUUGGUCAUUUGUAUCAAAGUUUGAAAUCCAAAAUUCUUGAUUAAUUCUCAUAAUCGUUAUUUAUGCAGAACGCACCAACAGUGCAGUGCAUACAUCACAGAUUGAUAAAUGUACAUCUAUGUGUAUGUGUAUACUUUAAAACAAUUUUUUUUUUAAUAGAAAGCAAAAGCUAUUCAUGAAGCACCUCCAUUACUUUGGGAGUGAUUAUUUUUUGUAAAAGGUUCAGAAUGAGAUUUUUCCAUCUUGAUUGCUAUCGCUUCUUUGGGUCAUUACUUGCUUGUGUAUUUAGCCCUUAAUGAAUAAUCUUAAAUGUGAAAACUCAUUUAACUGACAUAACCAUAUUUUUGUGUAGAUUAUCAUAAUCUAGAAGAUAAUGAUAUAUUAUCAGAGAAAUUUUUUAAAAUAUGUUUGAAGUUUUUAAAUUAUGACUACUUGUUAGCCUGUUACACAUGUAUGCAUUAUAAUAACACCCUACUCUAAUAAAUCUUUAUUUUAAUAGUUCAGAUGUUAUUGAUUAACAUUUCCAUGAAUUCAAAAGUUGUGUAAUCCAUGUAGACAACAUGUAUGUCUUGAGCAUCAGUGUUAACUGCUGUAAACAAGAACCAGCCCCCCCCCCCAAAAAAAAGGCUGACUCAAUAUUUUUUUUCCUGUACGCAUAACCAAACGAACAGCAUUUGUUUUGAUUACAGAUUAACAUUAUUGAUUGAAUUCAUCAUUAAAUCUAUUGAAAUUGAAUUAAUUCAUUUGUGUUUUUCCAUCAGUCUUUUGUCAUUGUUUUUAAAGACACUCUAUGAAGUUUUAAAGCAGUUUUCAUUCAUGCAUGUUUGUUAUUAAAUUCUGUUUUGUUACAUUCUUAUUUUUGCAUGCUUUGUUUGACAAAAAAAUGUUUUCUGUAGGUAGUGUCAAUGUUUUCAGACAACUUUGAAGAGUUGGAUUUUGAAAUCUUGAAAGUUGAUGGCUUGAUGCUCCAAUUAUUAAACAUGAAUUGAUUAAAUACA